AUGGCGGCGUCUCCCGCGCAGCCGCAGGGCGGGUGGAAGAAGUCCGAGAACGUCGCCGCGCUCACCCCCGCGGCGCUAGUCGUCGCGCUCGAGCGCGACCUCCUCCUGAGCUCGCUGUCGCGCCCGUGCGGAAGCGCGCGCGCGAUCGUGGAGGCGACCGUCCCGGCCAAGGCGAGCGCGCGAUCGCGCGCGGCGGCGUCGCUCGUGACGCUCGUGCGUCGCGGGCGGUACCUCGAAGCGCUGCGGUGCGACGCCGCGACCGCGCUCAUCACGGGCGCCGGCGGCGGCGACGACGAGUGUGACGGCGGCGACGACGACGACGACGACGCCGCGAGGCGGUACGCCGCCGUCGACGCGGCGAUCGCGUCGGAGGCGGCCGCCGCCGCCGCGGAGGGGGUCGUCGAGCUCGCGGCGCAUCGGCUCCGCGUCCUCGCCGUCGGCGUCGCCGCGCUGAACGCGUUCACGCAGGUGAACGUCACCGGACCGGCGCUGAAAGACGCGAGCGCGUGCCCGCUGCGCGCGCCGCGCGGCGGCGCCGCCGCGGACGCGGACGCGACGACGACGAGAGACGAGCGAUGGGACAAGUUCGCGCGUACCGCGCUGUCGCUCGACGGCGAAGACCUCGUCGGGCGGUGCUUCCUCCCGCAGUACCUCUACCUCGCGCGCGCGCUCCUCGGGAACGCGUGCGAGGAGCGCCUUAAAGCGCUCGUGGGCGACGACGUCGACGUGCUGAGCGCGACGCUGCCGGUCGUCAGAGCGGCGGCGACCAAGGCGGCGACCAAGGCGGCGGCGGCGGGCGGCGGCGCCGCCGGCCGCGUCCAACUUUGGCCCGAGUCCACCCCGGCGGUUCCGCCGCCGUCGACGACGUGGUGGGCGUCCAGGGCGUCGCUCGUGCACCAGCGGCUGCUCUCCGGGCGCUCGCCGACGCUGCGCGCGUCGCUGCUGGGGACGCACGCGCUGACGCUCGCGUCGUACGCGCCGGGGAACGGCGCCGCGCACCUGGCGGAGGCGAAGCGUCACGCGGCGGCGGUUCAGGCGGAGAACCAAAAAAACCAAAAAAACCAAAACCAAAACCAAAAGCCGUCGACGGCGGCGGCGAGCGCGACGACGAACGCGAUGCUCGCGUCCGUCGCGCUGCUGGAGACGGCGCUCAUGGAGCACGAGUUCGGGCACGUGGACAGCGCGGCGGCGUUGACGAAAGCGGCCGGGGACGCGAUCGCGUGCGCGCACGAGCUGACGGGCGCGAUGGGAUUCCGGACGAUUCAUCAGGUGGACGCGAAAGCGCAGAUGGUUUUGAACGUCGCGUGCGACGCCGUGCCGGUGUACAGACUGCAGAAGACCGACGACGCGAUGGGCGGACUCGCGGGCGGCGCGGACGAGUACGCCGCGAGCGACGACGAGCUGGACGAGAAGUUCGCGGAGGAGGAGGCUUCGAACGCGGUCGCCGCGGAGGCGGCGGCGAUAAGAAAAGAAAAGGGCGACGCGGUGGCGUUUGAGGCGGCGGCGUCGUCCGCCGCGAUGGCGCGGAUCGCGACCGAGCUCAAAGGGCUGUCCGCGGACGGGUCGCAGAUCCUCACGAAGCCGCGUAUCUUGCGAGACGGCGAGACGAUGAAGGCGGUGCAGACGAGACGGAACGCGUCUGAGGGGGGCGCGGAGGCGGACGACGAAAUGGCAGCCGCGAGCGAGGCGACGCUCCCGGCUGUCGCGCAAGCCAUCUUACUCGCCGCGGCGGUGACCGUGCGCAAGUCCCAAGCCGACGCGGGGACGCGGUCGUGGGAGAUGGCGCCGUACCACGAGUGCGUGCAGUCGCAGAUGCGGUCGCGGCCGGUGUUGCGGGCCGCGGCGGCGGUGUUGUCGUCGCGGCACGAGCGCGAGCGGCCGCGGACGCGGGAACGCGCGCUGUUGCUCAUGGAAGAUUUAGUCCGCGGUUUAGACGCGAAAGCGCCGUCCGCGGCGGCGCGGAUGCGGUACGCGUACAGCGUGUGGUUCCCGCCGGGCGCGCGCUUGCGCAAAGAGCUCGGGGAUCAGCUCGUCGCGCUCGGGAUGGUCGGCGCCGCGCUGGAGCUGUUCGAGGAGAUCGAACUGUGGGACUCGCUCAUCGUGUGCCUCACGCUUCUCGGGAAAAAACAAGCCGCGGCGGAUACGAUUCGAAGACGGCUCGCGCAGGACGAGGACGACCCGAAGCUGUGGUGCGCGCUCGGGGACGCGCUGGACGAUGAAAUGCACUUCCACAAAGCGUUAGAAGUGAGCGAUGGCAAGUCCGCGCGCGCGUUGCGGUCGCUCGCGCGCCGCGCGGGCGUCCGAGAAGAUUGGAAAGACGCGGCGGAGUACUGGUCGAGAGCGAUGCGUUUAAACCCGCUGUUCCCGGACGGGUGGUUCAGCGCCGGGUUCGCGCUCCUGAAAGCCGGGCGCGAGGACGAAGCCCUCGUCGCGUUCGUUCGAUGCACGCAGCAAGACUCCGAGAACGGCCGCGGGUGGAACAACGUCGCGGCGUUGAACAUCAGGAAAGGAUCCUUCGCCGCCGCGCACGUCGCGUUACAGGAGGCGACGAAACAAGCCCACGACAGCUGGCAGACGUGGGAGAACCUCGCGAUGUGCGCGGCGAAGGUUGGCAGGUUUCAGCAGUCCGCGCGCGCGCUGAUUCGCGUCAUGGACCUCACCGGCGGCGCGAAGCUUCACGUCGCGACGUUAUCGACCCUCGUCGAGCGAUGCAAAGAAGCGCGCGCGGGAAACGCGUCCUGGAUCCAAACCGAAGCCGCCGCGGAGGAGGAGGAGGAGAAGAGAGCGCGCGCCGCGCAGCGCGCGCUCGGGUCCAUCGCGGAGCUCGACGACGACGACGACGACGCGAUGGAGACGGACACGUGGGAGGGCGUGCGCGCGCCGGGGGCGGACGACGGCGGAGACGCGGGCGACGCCGCCGCGGAUUUGCUCGGCGCGUUCUUCUCCGACUCGGACGACGACGACGACGACGACGGCGACGGCGCGAAGACGAAGAAGGAAGCGGCCGAGGCUGCGAUCGCGAGAGCGAACGCCGCGGAAGAGAACGCGGGCGAGGUCACGGCGCGCGAGGCGUCGCGUUUAGAGCAAGCCGUGGAGGACGUGCUGAAGCGCGCGCUCGGGGGGUCGUCCGCCGGCGAGCGGAGCGUGAAGGACUUUUCCCGGCGCAUCUCUCCGCCCAGGGUCCAUCGCUUUCAAUCCCCGCCCUCGACGCCUUUCAACUCCGCUUCUGACGCCUUUCAACUCCACCCCGACGUUCGCGUGAAGGAGACGGCGGAUCUUUGGUCGCUCAGCGCGGACCUCCACGAGGCGAAGGGCGACGCGCUCGUCGCCGGGGAGGCGCGGCUCAAGCGCGUUCGCGCGCUGGACACGUCCGGGUGGCGCAAGGACCAGACCGCGUUCGCGGAGUUCGCCGCCGCGUCGGUGGACAUGGCGCGAGGGGUGGCGCGCGCGUUUGCGAAGAAUAAAACCGGCGGCGGCGGCGACGACGCGAAGCGUCAGCUGUCGCAGGCGCGGAUGCACGUGCGGGGCGUCGUGAAGAUCGCGGAGGAUAAGCACUGGGAGGAGGAGAUGCCCGAGGUCGUCGCGGAGUUGAGACAGUGCGCGGUGGAGGUGGCGAGCGCGGAGGAGGAAGCCGCCGCUGCCGCCGCCGCGACGUGA